AUGCCUGCAGACAGGCCGAAACGAACUCGCGUGAGAGUCUCAGUCAUGUCCCCAGAUCCAACACCAACUCCCUCUCCAUCGCCAGAAUCGCCCAGUGCUCCAACCAGUCCAUAUGACGUCGAUUCGGUGCCUGAACCACCACGUCCUCCCGUCUCAUACACUCAACCACACAAUCCUGAAAUGUGUGCAUUGGAACUAGUCGAGCAUGAGAUUGACUGGUCUAUACUACAUCCCACUGAAAAGGCGGCAAAAGAACGUAAAGGUGCUGCGGCAUUCAAACGAUCUGUGACGGGGUUGCAAAAGAUUGUUAAUGAGAAACUGUAUCGAGUAGUAGCAACCUCUGUGCAAGCAUAUUUCAAGAAUCGGUUUGAUUUGACUAGAGCUCAAGCUUAUCGCUUCAUUGAUUGUGCAGUUGUUCUUGAAAUCCUCACUGGACUGAAGCAUCCUACAAGAGAACGAUUAUGUCGCUGUUUGAAAAAGACAUGCCCAAAUAAAGCUGAUAUGAGAGCUGUAUGGAUCAGUGCUCUGGCUGAACGACAGAAUGAUCCUGACAGAGUCAACUCGUCGUUGAUUGAGAGUCUUGCAGAGGAACAUCAUAAAGACGCUGCAGGAGGAGGUUCGAGUAGUCCAGUCGCAUAUAUUGAAUCUGGAAAUCCAGUCAGCACCCGAGUUAAUGGUGCCUUGCGAAAGGUUACCUCUACUGGAUCCAUUCUCACUCCUGACUCGACCAUGGAGGGCGAACAUAGUGAGGAACCACAGUCGGAUAAUGAUAUAGUGCAACAGCCGCAGCAACAUGAGCCACAAUUACAACAUCAUCAGCAGUUUGAUAAUUCUCAUUUGAUGGUCGGGAUGGAUCAGCCAGCAGUAUAUACAUCACCAGAACCUGUCGUAAAGCAUGAAGGCUUAGGAGACCAGCAACAUUACCUGGCACCACUAGCAGCUUCCGAUGACGAUAACUCUUCUUCAUCAUCCGAAGAAGAGAUCGACACUGAUGACAGUGAUGUAUAUGUUCCUAAGCCCACCGUUAGUAGAUCCGGAGGAAUACGUCAGCCAAGUGCUCGUGGUACUCGUGGAAGACCAAGAACGAGACCGCGAUCUCCAGCAUCCAGUGUAGAACCUCCCAAACGACGAGGUGUAUCGGUAGGAAGUAAUGGCAGUGGUGGUACUCCUCAACCAGUUCGUAAACCUCGAGCUGCUACUCUUAAGAAGCUGCAACAGCAAGCGGCAGCAGCCGUAAAACGGGAAGCAGCCGCUGCAGCGAAACCCCCUCCGAUGAGUAAUCCACAGCAACUAGCUGAACUAGUAGCUUCACAAGGACAAGUUGCUGCCAAUAUCCUACAGCAAUUCAGUCAACUUGGGUUUGAUUUGCAGCCUCGAGUAGGUCAAACCUGGCGUGGUGGUAUUACGGAGUGGAGGGUGUCAACUAUAGCCAAUCCACCAGCUGGUUGUAUCGCUAUUGACGACCAAGGUGAUGUCAUGGCAUGGGAAGGUGCUUCAGAGGCUGAACUGGAGCGAGUUAUGAAUGAGGUGGUUCAUUCUAAUGAUAUGGAAUCUGAACAAUUGUCAAUGGCGCCAGCUUCUCCACUAGAUAUGAUGUACAAUCCCUAUAACAUAAUGAUGCACCACCCGUCUGCUACUGCUAACCGAAUGAUGCACCACCCGUCUGCUACUGCUAACCGAAUGAUGCCACCCCCUCAUCCACCACAUGUAAUGAUGGGUAAUAAUUUAAGCAUUGCUGGCAAUCAGAUGAUGAACCUGCCACUGGGUGCAGACUCUCAAUAUAUCAGUAAUAGCAGCAGCCAUCUUCAACAGCCACUGCACAUGAUGCCAACGCCACCUCCAACGAAUGCAGAUACGACACCAUACGCUUCUCGUGUACCAUCGCCGAGUCAAGGAUCAGGGCAAGGCCCAUAUGAUUGGGCUGCUCCAGAGGCCGUCAAUGCAGCAAUGAUACGAAUCAAUAGUAAUGGUGCAUCGGCUGCAUACGCUAGGCUAACCACCAAACAACAGCUCCCUGUACCACUUAAUCGACCACUUGAGAAUAGUGCUCCCAGUAUAGGUGGUUACCAACAGCAACAGACUCCACACCAGGAGCCUUCUCAUGGUGGCGAAGAGCCUCUCUUCUCUGAUCCAUACUUGCAGCCGUUUGGAAGUCUAGGGAGACUGGAUGGUGGUAGUGGUGGUGAACAAUAA